CAUUAGUAAAUAUCAUCAUCACUACACGAGCAUGACCAUGGCUGUUAAUACAAGAACAAUAUUAAUUUUAAUAGUGGUGGUUUUUGUUGGGUUCUUGUUUGACGGUGUCUUCUCUUAUGAACGUCCUCCUCCUCGUCAAAAUAUUGUUGUCGCCCACCCAUCCGAUUCUGAUUCUACUUCUCCUCAACAGGUACAUAUAUCUCUGGUGGGUGAAGACAGAAUGAGAAUAUCAUGGAUAACUGAUGGCCCAACACCUGCAACUGUGGACUACGGCACAUCUCCAGGGGUUUAUGGAAAUUCAGCCACCGGCUCUACCUCUUCUUAUCGCUAUUUAUUAUAUAAAUCAGGAGAAAUUCACGACGUCGUCAUCGGUCCUCUAAAACCGGACACCGUUUACUACUACCGCUGCGGCUCAAAUCCUGGCCAUGAAUACACCUUCAAAACUCCCCCUGCCCAUCUUCCCCUCAAAUUCGCAGUUUCAGGCGAUCUUGGGCAAACAGAAUGGACAAAGUCUACUCUGGAACACAUAGAAAAAUCCAACUAUGAUGUGUUAAUACUUCCGGGAGACUUAUCGUAUGCGGACACGGUUCAGUCGCUGUGGGACUCAUUUGGGCGUUUAGUGGAGCCAUUGGCGAGUCAAAGGCCGUGGAUGGUGACACAAGGCAAUCACGAAAUGGAGAAAUUCCCUGUCGUCCACUCUACUCCCUUCACCUCCUACAACGCCAGGUGGCGAAUGCCCUUUGAACAAUCUGCCUCUUCUUCUAAUCUUUACUACUCCUUCAAUGUCGCCGGCGGUGCUGUUCACGUCGUCGUUUUGGGUUCAUACACUGACUUUGGUCCUGACUCGGAUCAGUACAAGUGGGUACUGGCUGAUCUAGCCAAAGUUGAUAGAGCCAAAACUCCAUGGCUCCCUCUGGUUAUUCAUGCACCCUGGUAUAACUCUAAUACUGCUCAUCAAGGAGAAUCUGAAUCUGUUGAUAUGAAGCGGGUCAUGGAAGAUUUGGUGUAUAAGGCUGGAGUUGAUGUCGUAUUUGCCGGCCAUGUUCAUGCGUACGAGAGAUUUACUCGUGUAUACAAAGACAAAGCUGAUAAUUGCGGUCCAGUGCAUAUUACCAUUGGAGACGGCGGUAACCGCGAAGGCCUUGCUACAAAGUAUAUGGAGCCAAAGCCGGAGAUAUCAAUGUUCAGAGAAGCAAGUUUUGGACAUGGGGAAUUUGAGGUGGUGAAUGCAACGCAUGCGCUCUGGACGUGGCACAGGAACGACGAUGAUGAAUCGGUGUUGUCCGACUCGGUGUGGCUGACAAGUCUUUCAUCUGACCCUGCUUGUAAAAAAUAA